AUGUCUUACGCUAUCGUUAGUCCCUUGAUGGCACCUACCACAGUGGAUGUGGUAGGUGCAAAAGCGACUCUGCUGGCGAUGAUGCAUCUUGUGCUGUCUUUCCUUUCAUCAUUGGAAAAGCCUGGUGAGAUCCAGCAUUAUACCUCCGAAAGUGCACCGUUUGAGCAAGAAGACAACCAAAUGAUUUUCGAGAUCAUCAAUAGUCUGGCGAUGUGUGUAGGUAUCUACGUCUCUACCCAAUCCACUGGAGUCGAACACCACUUGGUUUAUGGUGUGCUACACACCACCCCCAUCUCCCUAAUUUAUGCACCUCCUCUUGCUCUUUUACGUCCCGACUCGGCGUGCCGAGUUUUAACAAAAGACCAUGUCAAGACCCUGACUGAGUGUGGUUACAACUCCACCACUACGGUAGAACGUGAAACAGCUUACUAUCUAGAGAGUCGAAUGAUCACUGCUGAGAAGGAGUACUUCCGCUGUCCUCAUGCCCUUACCAACCUGAUUUUCUGGGCAGAAAAGCUGCUGAUAUCCACGGGUCAACCCAUCGUUCCAACAUGA